GAAGAGAGGGAGUUAGUUCAUAUUCCUACACAAAUAGAAUUGACUCAAUGAUGAAGAAGAUGAGAAUGAUGAUGCUGUUAAGGAGAUGCAAGAGCGUGUCCACACAACUAGGUCGUUCAUACUCCUACACAAGCCUCAGAUCCCAAUCCGCAAGAAGAGAUCCACAAGACCAUCUCCAUGACAUCGGCCAAAGCGGCCCUACUACACCAUCUUUGUACCAGACAGUGUUGGUAGGACGUACCAAGAAACCUUACUUGAUCAGUAAGCAACACCUGAAGCACCCUCUACUCAACGCUCUUGUGGAGAAGCAACAGAUGUACGACGAAGAUGAUGGUAAUGAAGAUGGAAGCUGUGUAAUUACGGUGAAAUGUGAAGUUGUUUUGUUUGACCAUCUCCUUUGGAUGCUAGAAAACGGAGACCAAGGGCACAUACUUGAAUCUUUAGAUGACUUUGCACAUCUCUAUCUCUCCCCUUGAUUAGGUUUCACUUGUUGUCUUCCUUCUAUUACAAGUUACAAUUGUUUAUGCAUCGGUUUAAACCUUAAAGCCUUAGUUCCUUUGCUUGGAAGUAUAUGUAUCAAUAUGUUGUCUUCCUUUACUUGAGUGCUGAUGGUUAACAA